AUGCAGAAAUGUAUACGGGCCACAGGCGGUGAGGCCGCUGCUGCAGCUGCAGACCUCGGCAACAGCAGCCUGUCUUCGGAGCCGAGCAGAGAUAAGGCUGCCACGGGGACGAGCAGAUGGAAGCACUUGUUUUGCUCGGGCAGCAAAACAGGAAGCAGCGUGGAGCAGCAGCAGCAGCAGCAGCAGCCGCCGCAGCCGCAGCAGCAGCAAGCAGAGGCCCUGCCACCGUCCUCCUCGGACAGCAAGAGUGGACUCACGCGGCGGCUGCUGUGGCACCAAAGGAAGCACCACAGCUGCCCAACAGCAGCGCCUGCAGCAGCGCUGGCGGCUGCGGACUCGGCUGCAGCAGGUGGCGAGGCAGCAGCAGCAGGCGGCGCGUCCGGCGCAGCGCCGAACGGCCGCUCGGCGCCUGCUGCUGCUGCUGCUGCAGCAAACUCGCUGAACCCGCGGCACAGCACCUGCCCCCCCCUCAUCCGCGGCCGCAGCGUCAGGUUUGGCCCCGCAGAAGUCAGGGAGUUCCUCCCCGACACAGAGUCCGGCAACCCCAGCCGCGACAACACGCAGGUGGGCCACUCCGUGGAAGAGGAAAGCCAAGGCCACUCGGAAAUGAGCGACUUGGAAGCAGGAGAGGAAUGGCGGGCCAUUCUCGAGCCUGUGCACCGAAGUUCCAGCGGCCUUCUCGUGUCCGACACUCUCGCAGUGGGGGAUUCCUCUGCAGACAACGAAGCUGAACACGAGGGCCAGUCGGCUUCUGAAGACGACGAAGUGGGGGGGGUCUUGAGCAUUCUCCGGCGGGACAUUGCUGCUGCUGCUGCUGCUGCUGCCAUCACUGCAGCAGACGGCUCCGCGGCAGCAGCGGCGCAGGAAGAAACCACCGAAACUCCCGAUGCAGUUGAAGAAGAUCUCGAGGGGGGCCGUUAUGUGUGUGCUUCCCGACUGUUUAGUUUUUAG